AUGGGAGGAAUGGUGGUUUUACUGGCUGGCGACUUUCGCCAAACUUUACCUGUCAUUCAAAAGGGCACACCUGCAGAUGAAAUUAAAGCAUGCCUCAAGUCGUCUAUUUUAUGGAACAAGGUGACAAAAUUCAGUUUAACUACGAAUAUGAGAGUGCAUUUGUAUAAUGAUAUCAAUGCUGGAAACUAUUCUGACACACUAUUAAAAAUAGGCGAUAGGCGGAUGCUGAGGGCUGUGUUAAAUUGA